UGAAGAGCGCUGUAUAAACCUGUCAGAGAGAGGGGCUGGGGCUGCACAGCACACAGCACUAACACAGUACCUGGUGGAUUGUAAAGUGGACCAGCAUUGGCACAGCUGUCUGCAGGAGAUCUUCUCCUCCUCCCCCCUCCCCUCAAACCCCUACCCCAGAGUGGUGAAUGAGUUCAGGAGGGCAGCGCUAAGGAUAGAGCUGUGGGGGGAGUGUGACUCUGAGAUCCUGCAACGAGCCCUGCCUGGGACCCCAGCACUGUCACAGCAGGGUCCCCUCUUUGACUGCGGCCUCCGGAGUGCACUGAGAGCGGCACACCCCACACUGCUUCACUCCGCUCUGCGCAGGGCAGCACCCCUGAGCAGCAGCACAGCCAGAGCGGGGUCCUUCAAGGUGAGGAUGGCCCUGGCCAUACAGCCCCCCUCCUCCUGGCUGGGCACGCUCAGUCCCUUCCUCUGCUCCCUCCAAGCGACCGAGUUCUGCUACAUCACAGCGCCCCCCGGCUGCCUCUCCGAGGUACUGCAGGCCUACGCCAGAAUCGUGCACUCCCAGUUAGGUGAGCUGGGGAAGAGAGAGGACCUCACGCCCUUCUCUGUGCACCUGGGCCGGGGAGAGGUGUGGGGGCAGGAGCGGGUACUGAGCUUCCCCUGUGCCUUCACCGAGCGCGUCAUACAGGACCUGAGGGCUGGGCACGCUCUCCGCAUUGAGGUGUUCCAGACCCCCUCCCAGUCGGAGUGGCGUUUCGUCCCCCUUGUGAAGCACUUGAUCCUGUAUUACAUCCAGGAGGGGCAGGGAGGCUGGCUGUGCUUCCCCAAACACGAUCCCAUCAGCAUCUAUCAGGCAGUGUUUCAAACCAGGGACCAGGCAGCUUUUCACAGCCAGGCAGUGGGGCCAGUGGGCGACCCUUUCAGCGGUGCAAACCUACAGGAAGUGAUGUCAGCCCUGGAGCCCCAGAUUGGAGACAGCUUCCAGAAGGGAGACCUGCUGCAGACAUACAGGCUGAUUGCUCUGCGAUCCCUGAUUACCGGAGAGUUGCGCUGCCUCCCUGCGUGUUGGAGGAUGAUGCACAGUGUGUCGGCACAACUCGAAUACCUAAACACUGUCAACCAAGCAUUGCAGGAUAUUUUGCAGCUCAGUGGAGAAGCAGAGGAGACAGCAAGCUGGCCAGAGAGCAGAGAGAGGAGACAGGCUGGGAUGCAGGACCAAGCGUCUAUAGAGGCCGUGCUGUCUGGCUACCAGGAGAUUGUGAAGAGAACGCUGCAGCACCCCAGCUCUCUGUCGCCGCCCGGGCUGUGGGAGAGGGUACUGCAGCGCCGCCCUGCUGGCUCAGCUUGGCUCCAGCACGUCUCUGCAGCCUGCCAGUGCCUGUCGGACAGUGUGGCCUGGGAGCUGCACUCGCUGUGCCCUGAGAUCAGCACUCUGCUGGGCAGCCUGGGCAGGGAGAGAGUGCGAGAGCGGCUCCAUUCUGCAGCACCGCCCCCUCCUGGAGAGGAGGUCAGCCCCAGACGUGCUGAGCUGAGCAGAGACACAAAGACACACCCCACUGCACAGCAAGCACUGGACAACUGGUGACAGCCAUUCCAGAUCAGCUUUCUGUGCAACCAAAACGCUUCAUGAAAGAAAGACCAGAGAGAAACAAGCAACUCAUAGCAGACAGCCCAUUGGGAGUUAGCACAACACCACCACUGUACCUGAAUACACCUCCCAGUACCAUCCUUCCACAUCUCCUCAUUCCUUUAUUUGCAUUUUAUUUAACUCUUGCCUUGACUUUUGUAAUUCUCUCGCCUUUAUUUGAUGUGAUUUAUUUUCCUCUCUUUUCUGUUCUAACUAGCCCCUCACCCCUCUGCAAGCUUCCUGUCCCAUUGGUGGAUAAUCAGGACACACCCACCCCUCGUCAUGUGACCAGCUGAUUGGAUUAUGCUUCUUCUGUAUUAUUCUGUAAUACUGCUCCGCUGUCAUCAUUGAGUCAUGCAUGAUCGUGCAAUGCCUACUUUGUCCACAAGGUGGGGCUCUAGCUCUACCCCACAGCAGUGUGUGAAAUCUGAAAAAGAAGACAUUGAAUUAUGUGAUAAAAAAUCUCGAAUACAUGUAUGGUAACAAAGCUCCCUGUAUAUUUAAUACACGACAUUAUAUAUAUAUAUAACACAGGCUCCCUUGAGAAAGAUAUGUACAACAUAUUGAAACGUUGGACAGCUGGCCCUUUGAACUAAUAUUAUUAUUAUUAUUAUUUAUUUCUUGGCAGACGCCCUUAUCCAUAAACAAAAAUAUAUUUCAAGAAUCAACGUACAAGUAUUAAUACAAUUAAGAGCAAGGUAAAAUACAUAUAUAUAUAUAUAUGCUCAAGAGAGCCAACUUCCCAAAGUUUCGUUAUGUUUAACACACCUUGGUCAGGAGAAAGUGUGUUUGAAAACAAACAGUGGAUGCCAUGGUAACCACACUUAUUUCUAUUUAAAUCUCUUAAUGUGCUUGUGAUGUCAUUCACCACAGAGUUCAACCACAUAGUUACCACUGAUACAAUCCUUCUGUUCCUUUCGGUUUAAACCAGGCAGCAUGGUGCUGGAGCUAUUUAAACCAGACAGCAUGGUGCAGGAGCUAUUUAAACCAGACAGCAUGGUGCAGGAGCUAUUUAAACCAGACAGCAUGGUGCUGGAGCUAUUUAAACCAGACAGCAUGGUGCUGGAGCUAUUUAAACCAGACAGUAUGGUGCUGGAGCUAUUUAAACCAGACAGCAUGGUGCUGGAGCUAUUUAAACCAGACAGUAUGGUGCUGGAGCUAUUUAAACCAGACAGUAUGGUG